AAAUGGAGGGUGGGGACAGGGGCUUUGUUUACCUUCUUCUGACACGGCCUCCCCCGCGGCUUUCGAGAUAUACCUCCAACUGGGCCCAUCCAUCUUCUGCACUAUUUUGGAGGGGGUGACUCAGUAGUGAGGAAACCGCCCUCAUCUUUAAGUCAAAGAACCGGAAUCCUUCCUGACAACACUACUAAGAAAGAUUUUGAGAGAGAAGCGACGCGGGUCUCGAGCCUCCGCGGACAGUUCAGGGGGGCUAUGUGAAUAGGAGAGGUUCCUCCACUCUCCUGAGAGGCCCGUUGGUUCGCGCCGGCGCCUUUUAAGGGCACCGUGGGGUGAACGGAGCGCUCAGAGCUGCUCCGGCCGCGGCCCUGGGAGCCGGAGGAGCUGCGACUCAGCAGGCAUGACUGGAGAGGGAAGUCCCAAUGGUGCUAGAAUGGUGCUGCAGUGGCAGAAGACGGCUCACGAGUGAGGUCUGGAAGAACAACAGGGAAGACAUCCAUCAUUUGCUCCAAAGUGUGCAAGUCAGAUCCUGGGGAGAAUCAUGAUUACCCUGAUCACUGAGCAGCUACAGAAACAGACUCUGGAUGAGCUGAAAUGCACACGCUUCAGCAUCAGUCUGCCUUUGCCUGAUCAUGCAGACAUCUCCAACUGUGGGAACCCUUUCCAGCUUGUGCCUGGUGCUUCCUGGAGGGGCCUGCCCCGCUGUUCCUGUGCUGAGUACCAGGACAGCCUCAGCCUCAGCUACCACCCCUCAGGCUUGAGCCUGCACCUCAAACCACCCAGCCGGGGAAGUUCCCCACCGGAGCAGCCCCUCUCUCAAGUCCUAAGCCCUGAGCCCCCUGACCCAGAGAAGCUUCCUGUGCCCCCUGCCCCUCCAUCCAAGAGGCACUGCCGCUCACUCUCAGUGCCCGUGGACCUGUCUCGCUGGCAGCCGGUGUGGCGGCCUGCCCCCUCCAAGCUGUGGACUCCCAUCAAGCACCGGGGCAGUGGUGGAGGGGGUGGGCCGCAGGUGCCUCACCAGAGCCCUCCAAAGCGGGUCUCCAGCCUCAGGUUCCUCCAAGCUCCCAGUGCCUCUUCUCAAUGUGCCCCAGCCCACAGACCCUACAGUCCCCCUUUCUUCAGCCUGGCCCUGACCCAAGAUUCCUCUCGACCCUGUGCUGCCUCUCCCCAAAGUGGCUCCUGGGAGAGUGAUGCUGAAUCCCUGUCACCUUGCCCGCCCCAGCGCCGCUUUUCUCUGUCACCCAGCCUGGGCCCACAGGCAAGCCGCUUCUUGCCCUCUGCCCGGAGCUCCCCUGCAUCCUCCCCAGAGCUGCCCUGGCGACCUCGAGGCCUCCGAAACCUUCCCCGAAGCCGCUCACAGCCUUGUGAUCUGGAUGCUCGAAAAGCUGGAGUGAAGCGGCGCCACGAAGAGGACCCCCGGCGGCUGCGGCCUUCCUUGGACUUUGACAAGAUGAAUCAGAAACCAUACUCAGGAGGUGUCUGUCUCCAAGAAACAGCCCGGGAAGGCAGCAGCAUCUCUCCACCAUGGUUCAUGGCCUGUAGUCCCCCACCCCUUUCUGCUUCCUGCAGCCCCAUUGGGGGUUCCUCCCAGGUGCUGAGUGAAAGCGAAGAGGAGGAGGAGGAGGGUUCCGUGCGGUGGGGGCGGCAGGCACUGAGUAAGCGGACACUGUGCCAGCAGGACUUUGGGGACCUGGACUUGAAUCUGAUUGAGGAGAACUAAAACUGAGAGGCUACUUCCUGGGGCCACACAGACUGACUCUAUUAUGGCUACUAACAAGUGUCGAGACCCCAAGACUGGGGGCCCAGCCUGGGAAUGGGGAUGAGUGGAGGGCUCCGACUCAGGGCAGCCGGAAAUCUCGCUCCAGAAAGCUCGACCACGCGGAGAGACUGGCCGGGACAAGAUAAACAGAGCUGGUGGCGGGAGGGACAGCCCCAGAGCAGACCCUUCCCAUGGCGGCCCUGAGUGUGAGUAUUCCUGCCACUGAGAAAGCGAUGGGCAGGGAAGGAAGGGGUCUGCUGACCCCAGCUCGGGGAAUUUCACUAGCCCCUUUGCUUCAAAGGGCACUUGUGUCUUAGAAUUUGGCCAGGGUGGGGGGUUCAUUCAGCCUCCUCGGAGAAAUUGUGUGAGAGUGUGUGUGUGUGCUUGGGAGUAUACUCAAGGAAAGUGUAAAGGUGUGUUUGCGUAGCCUUAGGGAAGGAAGGCAGUUGCUCCUUAACAGUAGAACAUCAUGAUACCCCCCCCCCCCCCCGGAUCUUGAGUUUUCACGGGACAGUGGGCUUCUUCAAGAAGUCAAAAGGAGGGCACCAAGUUUUUCUUUUUCCUAAGUGGCUCUGGAACCAGGCUUAUAAUCCAUAAGUACCACUGGCUCUGCAAAGGAUUCUGUUUGGGGGUACUGCAGGGUCUUUUAAGUGCUGUGACCUCAGCCAGUGGUCUUUUCCUCAGGCCCAUCCCCCUCCCCUAGAUAGAUUUAGUAUUGGGGCUGGAGAGGGCUCUUCUCGUUGAUUCUGAGCUGGCCUUUUUUCCUUAUCAGAUUGCCUAGGCUGUAUACAACCUGCCUCUCUCACUCUCUAAGUAGAUGCAAGCACAUGUGGGUAACUGAGGCAGGGUUGAAGGGCUUCAUCUCUUUCUUUUCCUCUUUACUAAUGGGACCUUUUUCCCCUCACCCUCUGACCUUCGAUGCAUUUGGACUGCUGACCAUUUAAAAGCAGCCUGUGAUUGCUUCUUUUGUAAAGCAAGCAACCUCCCUCUACUUUAGCUGUUUGACUAUUUGGAUUUUCACAUAUUGGGCUUACCCAGAGUGGAGCGCACCUCUACAGGGCUGUGGUUGACACUGGGUAGACAUUUGCAUUUGUGUUGUGUGUGUGGUGUGGCUGACCAGUAGGUGAGUAUUCCUGCGUGUGUGAGUGAAGCAAGCCACUCCCAGGCUGGUGCUCUCCUCCUGUGCCCGGUGACUGCCCAGUGGCAGCUCUAGCUGCCCUUCACUCCCACCUGCUGCCAAAGUCCCUGUGCUAAUGGGAUUACAAAUACAAAAAGUGGAAAAAUUUUUUUCGUAAACUUUGUUUUAUAUUAAAAAAAAAACCAUAAGUCUGUGUGUGUGUUAAACAUGAGGUCCUGCCUCUGUGGCUGUGUUUGAAAAAAUAAAGUUUUAUUAGAAUAAUCCAU